AUGUUGUCUCGGGGUGUAGGGACAAAACCCAUGCUGGAGACAGAAGACAAUAGUGGACGCAUCGCGCGGGCCAGGCUCGAAAGAGAAUGCAAGCCUGGGGGUUCCACGCCGAAAGGGCCGCCAAUGCCCGGGAUUUACACUGUCCAAGGUCCUUGGAAGAUCCUGUAUCUGGCAGAAGCAUCCUUCACACAGUCAAUCCUAGUGCAGCUUGAUUUUACUGAAUUUAAACCGCAGAUUGGAUUCCCAGAGCUGCAACGGCCUGACCCAGACAGAUAUGACAUUGCAAUAUACUGGCGAGACUAUCACGUCCACGACAACCCGGAGCAGGAGGUUCUACCUGCACACUCGGAGGAACUACUUAUUCACUGGCUCGAGGAGGAAGACUCAGACUUCAAUGGCGAUACCCAAUGGAUCUGGCUCGAUGGUCCCAUUCUAGCGCCGAAGCGCGUGGGAAAGUUCAAACUCAUGUUCAAGAUUUCUCGGAAAAGCACAGACCUGACAAGAAGGGGUGAUGAAGCAUUCGACUUUGCGGAGGAUCCAUUGGAGGCUGGAAACGUUCAGGAAGAGCCCCUGCAGGACUAUGUCGAGGUGCGUGAGCACGCAGAGUGGCCGCGACUGGUAAGAACACGACGUGAACAAGCCCAAGAGCAUGACCUCAUCCCCAGGUUCAGACAGCAACUCCAACGGCAGAUGGAAGCAGCUAAUGCUCUCCCUGACCCCAGUACUGUCCCGGAGUCAGAUACUGUCCUUGAACCUGAUGCUGUAUAA